AUGACUACUUCACAUAGACCACAAUUAGAAGCAAGGAACGGUGGGAAAAGUGCUGCUUAUACACCAACUUCCAUACAACAUGCCAGAUUACUGCCUGGUCACAAGACGUUGAAGAUUCGUUCAAAUACUAAGAAGAAAGUUGACAGUUCUGAACAGGAAAAGGAUUAUGGUAUCAGGAGUAAAGUGAAUGAAGAUGGAUUUGUCGAUGCAAGAAAUUUGUAUGUGGAAAACGUAAAGAAUAGUGGUGCUGAUGGGGAAAAAGAUGGCAAUACCCAGACCAAUUUAACUAUUGAGAGCGAUGGAAGUAGGAUUGGUUCUACCAUGUUACCACCACAAGAUAAAAAAGAGGAGAUGAUAAAUAGCACAGUACCUAGUGGUGAUGUACCUGCCGGGCCAGUCAAAGUGGAUGCAUGGAGAACAAAGACGACGUUUUCGAGGAAGAAGGUAGUAAAAUCUACCGAAAAUAAGAAGCGUACAUAUGUUAACAAUCUUACAAAGUCUAAAUACCAUCAAGAUUUCCUUCAUAAAUUUGUUAAAUGA